AUGCCAACCAUGUCUGAGAUAUUGGCCUCAUCAAGAGCCCAAAACCUUGACCUUCAGCUCCAAACUCUAGGACCCUUUUUCAGAAUCACAGCCAAGAGCUUGCAGACACAGAAGGAGCUUGGCAAGGCUGAGGGACUGAUAAGGUUCUGGCUUAGUGGGAAAAUCCUUCACUUGGAGUCAAUCAGAUUACAGAGAGAGACACUGGGGAUGGAGAAGUCAAUCUUUGGCAUUGGCUUGUUCAUUGGAGCUGUUGCCAUUCGAUAUGGCUACGAUUGUAGUUGCAGAACAGCUGAGUUACUUGCCAUCAAUGACUCUGACAUUUUCCACCACAAGCUUGUCAGGUUCUAUUCAAGAAUCGGAUUUAAGGCUGUGCAUGAAGUAACCGGUUCGACAUUUGGAGACUAUGCCCACAUGUUGGUCUGGGGAGGAAUUGGGACCCGAAUGGAUGCCAGUGUUGAAGACCUACUGAUCAAAUGGUGCACCAGGUUCAAAUCUGGAAAGUGA